AUGGCUGCUGAAGUAGCGAACAAUCCCUCGAUGCCCAGCGGGCCAACUGAUCCUGAAAAGGCCGCAGUCGAUCUUGCAUCCAAUAUUCAUCAAGUGAAGCUUGAAGACAGCAACACCCCGACCACCACGCAGACCACAGUACAGCCUCCAGAUCAAACCCAACAAAUCAACGAGUCUGCCGUUGCAGCGAAUGACGUUACGAUAGAAAAGCGUCCCGAUGUCGAACCCACGACUGAACUCCCUGCACCCCCUCCGGCAAAGACAUUAAACCUCCCGCGCACCGCAGCUGAAGGUGUGAUCAAGACACCACUGGCCGAACCUCUAGAGACCUCUAAGCCCGCUUCUCGACCAGCAUUGGAAAUAGAACAUGAGAACAAGUAUGCAAGCCUUCUCAAGAUCGUGUCCGCCUGGACUGAGAUCCCAGAGACGUCUGCAAAGGGCUCGAAUACGACACCCCUAACCGACUCAGAGCGCAUGUUCCUGACAAGAGAAUGCUUGCUCCGCUAUCUGAGGGCUACAAGCUGGAACGUGGCACAAGCAGAAACAAGGCUGAAAAAUACUUUGAUCUGGCGACGCGAGUAUGGCUUGGAGAAACACACAAAGGAGUACAUCUCCAUUGAGAAUGCGACAGGAAAGCAGGUUAUUCUGGGAUGGGAUAUUCAGGGCCGGACGUGUCAAUACCUGCGCCCAUCCAAACAGAACACCGAGCGGAGUGACCGGCAAAUCCAGCAUUUGGUCUUCAUGCUGGAGCGUGCUAUUGAUUUAAUGCCAGCCGGGCAAGAGACUCUCGCUCUGCUGAUCAAUUUUGCAGAGACAAAAUCUGGACAAGGCGCGACACUUUCUCAGGGCAAGCAGACCUUGCACAUCCUUCAGAAUCACUACCCCGAGAGACUCGGCCGCGCCCUCGUCACCAAUCUGCCAUUCUACAUCUGGGGCUUCUUCAAGCUGAUCACGCCAUUCAUUGACCCGUUGACAAGAGAGAAGAUCAAGUUCAACGAAGAUAUGGGACUGCAUGUGCCACGUGAGCAGCUGCUCAAGGAAAGCGGGGGACAUGUCGAGUUCGAAUACGACCACGACGUCUAUUGGCCGGCUCUCAAUGAGUUGUGCGAGUGGAGGAGGGCAGAGUACCGGCGUCGAUGGGAGGAAGGAGGCAAGCGAAUUGGUGAAUAUGAGGGAUAUCUCAAGGGAGGGGACGAGAAGUCGCUGGCCGAACGGGAGAAGGAGGCAGAGCAAUCGUCUGCGUGA